AUGCCUCGUCGAUCCCAGGCAAAUACUCAAAAGAUCGCCAUUAGCGCAUCCGCGGUCGAUCACUCCCACCUCGACCACACACCUCUCGACCAACACCAACAGCUCCAACAUCUCGAGCAGCAACUGCAGUUGCAGCACCAACAACAGCUUCAACAGCAUCAACAGGAGCAGUUCCAACAACAGCAUCAGCUGCAACAAUUUCAGACAGAGCAAGGUCAGCCGGCAGCCAGCAACGCAGCCAGCAACGCAGCCAGCAAUGAAGACGACGACAACAACGACAACGACGAAGAGGACGAUGACGAGCAGGACGAUGACGAAGAUGAAGAUGACAAGGAAAUUGAUGGGGCUGGAGGAAGUGCAACCAUCCGAGCAGCGCCUCCCCUUCGCAGCAACGGCGCCGUGGGACGGAACGUCAACCUGACCAACAAUCAGCGCAAGGCUAUUUGUCAGAUGCGAAUCGAUAACCCAGAGAUGACCCUUGCCGCCCUCGGCCUGUGGGCCCAGAAAGAGUAUAAUCUCUUUCGCGCGCCAGCCAUGGGUACCCUCUCGCGCAUCGUCCACAAGAACGAGAUCUACAGCAGCAUGAACGACCUGGAGCUUCAAGUGCAACGAAAACGGGCGGUUCUCUGCCCUGAACUGGAGGAUGCCCUUUUGGAGUGGAUUCGCGAGUGCCAGGAGCGAGAGAUCCAUAUCUCAUACAGGAUGAUCACCAAGAAAGGCUUUGAUUUGGGAACACACAUCCGGUCCAUGCCCGGGAGGGAGACCUUUGCGUUGCCGUCAUUCUCCAAUGGCUGGGUCUCUGGUUUCACCAAGCGUAACGGAUUGCUUGGAGCAAAUUUGAAUCCAGCGACGUCUAUUCAAGCGAUGCCCGAGGACGAAUUUACAGCAUCGGAAUCCUUCAGGCCCUUUUCGACCAACCAACAGCUGGUGGAGCGCGUCUUGCAACCCCGCUUCAGCCCGCGAGUACUCACUCAGCCGCAGCGGAACAAGCACAGCUUGAUGGACCAUGACCACGAUCACCAGGAUCAUGGAGGCGAUAUCGAGAUAGACUCUGCACUCUCUGACAUGCAUACCGACCUUCACCAUCAAGUCAUUCAUGCCGUCGCUAGCACGAGUUCAUACUCUACGACCCAGUCCGCUGUUCCAGAUAUGCCCGAGGUCCUGGCAGCUCCGCCGGUUCCUGAAACUCCUGUCAAGAAAACCAGGGCUAGGAAGCCACGCGGCGGUGGCGCUUCCGCCACCACCACCACCACCACCCCUCGCCGCCGCGGCAAAGCAGCCAAGACGGCAGAGACGGCAGACGCGGCAGCAGCAGCACACAUGGAAGAUGUUGUAGACGCAGCAGACCAACAUUUCCAGUCGCUGAACCUCCAACAACAACAGCAGCAGCAGCCAGCACAACAUCAGAUACAUCCAGCAACUCCAGGGCUGAACAACUUCCGAGCCCGAGCGGCAGGAGAUCGGGUUUCGCCUACGGAGUCGCCAGCACUUCUUUCCCAUCCAGCGCAGGCACUGCAUCAGCUUCAACAACAACAACAACAGCAAUUGCAGACAAUCCUCCAGCAGCCUACGGUAUCUAUUGCAGGAGGCAGCAGCAACACUGACCUUGUCGCAGCAGUAUCGGCAGCAGCAGCAGCAGCAGAAAGUGUUGCAACCACCACUCGCCCGACGCCCACAAUGUCGGAGGUCAUGUCUGCGGUCCGGAUUGUGAUCGAGUCCUUGAAUGUCAACAUCCCGGCUGAGGUCGAGCUCUUCAAGCCGCUUUUUGAUAUGGAGCGCCGUCUGCAGAACCAGAUCCACGCUAACGACCGCCAAGCUGGCAUCGCGGGCUUUUCCAAGUAA